UCAAGUGGUGAUGUAAAUGCUAAGGAAUCGUCCACUGUUCCUCAGUCACUAAGUCAUAAAGCCUCCGUACGAUCCACAAAAUCCACUAGAUCUACGCGAUCCACGCGAUCCACUAAAUCCGUACGUUCCCAAAAAGCGAUAAGUAAUGCCAUUUCUUUAUAUACAUCAACAGAUUCAACACAAAAUCCUAUAGGUUCGGAUGAUGAUUAUGAUAUGUUGAUGGAAGAAACGUGUGCCAUAUGUCUCGAAGAUUUCGACGAUGGCGAUAAAAUACGUGAAUUGCCAUGCCGUCAUCAUUAUCAUGUUGAAUGCAUCGAUCCUUGGUUGACAACAAAAAGUAGUUCUUGUCCUUUAUGUAAAAAAGAUUGCAAACCCUCUAUUGGUGGUGGGAACAAUGAAAAUACUUCAGUCUCCGUCAAUAUUGAGAAUGAAGCACAUCAAUCACAAACUAAUCAGAACUCAAUGAAUGCUAACCAUCCAAAUGUUGUUUUGAGGAUGGGCAGAUUGCUUAGAGGGUAUCUUUCAUCACGAAAUAGAGGGAUGAAUAGCACAAGAAAUAUAACGACAAAUCCUUCGGAAAAUGAAAAUGGGGUGGAACUAGAAAAU